AUGGAGUGCAAGGGUGUCAGGGCUGUGUUGCUCCUCGCUUGCUGCCUCCAGGCGGUUCGCGCCCAAUUCCCGCGGUCCUGUGUGACGGUGGAGGCGCUCACUUCCAAGCGCUGCUGCCCCGCUCUGGGCUCCGACCUCAACAACGUAUGCGGCUCCCUGGAGGGUCGGGGCCAGUGCACCCCUGUGGUUGUGGAUGAGCGGCCCUGGAGCGGACCCUAUACCCUGCGCAAUGUGGAUGAUCGGGAGCGCUGGCCGCUGAAGUUCUUUAACUCCAUCUGCAGGUGCACAGGGAACUUUGCAGGAUUUAAUUGUGGAGAAUGCAAAUUUGGCUGGACGGGACCCACUUGUGAGCAGCGGAAGCCCCCGGUUGUGCGAAAAAAUAUCCAUUCAUUGACUGCACAGGAGAGAACUCAGUUUUUGGAUGCGCUGGAUCAAGCCAAGAAUACGAUUCAUCCUGACUAUGUGAUUGCUACUCAGCAUUGGCUAAGCAUUCUUGGGCCCAAUGGAACAGAACCACAAGUGGCAAAUACUAGCAUCUACAACUAUUUUGUGUGGCUUCAUUACUACUCUGUUAGGGACACAUUGCUAGGACCAGGACGUCCCUUCACUGCAAUUGACUUCUCCCACCAGGGACCAGCGUUUGUAACUUGGCAUCGUUACCACCUGUUACUGCUGGAAAGAGAUCUUCAGAGAAUGACUGGCAAUGAGUCCUUUGCUUUACCAUAUUGGAACUUUGCAACUGGAAGGAAUGAGUGUGAUGUAUGUACUGACGAGUUAUUUGGUGCACCCAGACUGGACGACCCUAAUCUGAUAAGUGCUGGAUCCCGAUUCUCACGCUGGGGAAUUGUGUGCAACAGUCUGAAUGAUUACAAUCGGCUUGUGACCCUGUGUAAUGGAACUAAUGAAGGGUUUCUUCAGAGAAACCCUUUGGGUGGUGCAGAAGGAAGGCUUCCAUCCAUGGAAGAUGUGCAGAAAUGUCUCUCUUUGAAUGAGUUUGAUAAUCCUCCCUUCUUCAGGAAUUCUACUUUCAGCUUCCGGAAUGCCCUUGAAGGAUUUGAUGAACCAGAUGGAACAUUAAAUUCAACAGCAAUGAGUCUACAUAACCUUGUCCAUUCUUUCUUAAAUGGAACUAGCGCACAGUCACACUCUUCUGCCAAUGACCCCAUCUUUGUGGUGCUGCACUCUUUUACUGAUGCUAUCUUUGAUGAGUGGAUGAAACGUUUUCAGCCAUCAGAUGUUGCUUGGCCUCAAGAAUUGGCUCCAAUAGGGCACAACCGUAUGUACAACAUGGUGCCAUUCUUUCCUCCUGUUACCAAUGAAGAGCUUUUCCUACCAGCUGAACAGUUAGGCUAUGUUUAUUCUAUCGACCUACCAGCUUCCAUCGAAGACACCCGUGCAGUGGCUGUCCUGGUUGGGUCCACUAUUGGUGGCAUUCUUCUUGCCGUACUUUUACUUCUGCUUCUCCUAGUGCUCUUCAUGCAAAGAAAACGUCAACAAGGAUUUGAGCCAUUAAUGAAUGCCACCUUUACCAACAAGAGAUACACAGAAGAUGCAUAACAUAACAAUUGUAACAAAAUAAACCGGUACUUCAGUGUGUACCAUUAUGUAAAUAUCUUAUUAAACUGGUUAUCACUA